AUGGAGCCGGUGCCCGGCGGCCGCCCCGCACGCACGGGGCUCACGGUCUUCGCCUGCUACGACCAGCUGCGGCGUGAGAUCCAGGCGCUGCUGGCGGAGAACGAGGCGCUGACACGGGCGGUGGGGCGGCUCAAGGAGCAGCAGCACCUGCGGCACCUCCUGCGCGGCCAGCCCGGCACGGUGCAUGGCACAGCACCCGGCUCGGCGCCCCCCCUUGCCCCUGCACCCCGCUCUGGCGGAGGACGCUUUGCCUUCCCCAGCCCAGCCAACGCCCUGGACUGGGAGCUGGCGCCCCUGGAGCAGAGCCCCAUCUUCCAGACCCCACCCUGGGAACCCCUCCGGAACCAGCAGCCCCAGGACGGCACACUGCCCACGCCGCUGCCCACGCCGAGCAGCACCGACGUCAGCACCGGAGUGCUUUCACCCAUCACCGAGAGCAGAACCCUCCCGGUGACCAUGCACGGCAGCCCCGGCCCCGACAGCCACCGCCUCUCCUGCCCCCUCGACCGCUUUGCCUCCACCGGCCGCCCCCCCAGCCACCAGCCGCCCCCCGAGCCGCCGCAGGACCCCCCGGUGCCGGAGCCGAGCGGCCCCAGCCUGCGGCCGUCGGACCCACAGGGGCCGGGGUCCGGGGUCCCCCCGUCCCCCCUCCCGCCGCCCCCGGCCCCGGCGGAGCAGCAGCCGCUGGACCUGCGGCUGCUGGACGCUCGGCGCAAGGAUCCCUGGCGGAAGGUGGCCCGUGACGCCGACCGGCUCGCCUCCAGCCGGGAGCCGCCGCAGAGCUCCAGCCCGCGAGACAGCCGGCAGCCGGCACGGGAGCAGCUGGUGGGAGAGAUUGCCUUCCAGCUGGACCGCCGCAUCCUCGCCAGUGUCUUCCCUGACCGCGCCCGCCUCUACGGCUUCACCGUCGCCAACAUCCCCGAGAAGAUCAUGGCGACUGCCCUCGGCACUGUGCCGGGGGGCUUCGACGAGCAGCGCUGCACCACUGCGGCCCGGCGCUACGUCGGCCUGAUGCGGCAUUUGCGGGCGCUGGGCUACAGCCCCGCGGUGCACCCGGCCUUCGCCGAGUCCCUUGUCAACACCUACGGCAUCCUGCCGGAGCCGACCGGCCCCGACACCCAUGCCCACCACAGCCCGGCCUUCCUGCGCCGCGUGGUGACCGAGACGGUGCCACCGGCAGCACAGCCAGAUGCGAUGGUGCUGCUCAAGUGCCUGCAGGCGCUGGCGCAGGAGGACGGGCAGCCCCUCUUCCUCUGGUGA